UCAUUGUCUGCUUGUCCUACUCGUAGGACAGAGGACAAAAUUAGAUUAGUAAGUUAAAGGUUUUGGCACAACCAAAGUCCCAAAGCAUCCAAAGAUGACGUUAAUAGGAAACUUAUCGUCCUUAAUUAAUCCUCAUCCACAACUUGUAAUGAGUAUGAUUAACAAAGGCAAUAAUACUAGAUGACACAAUUUGUACAUGUAAAACGAAGGUAAAGACAUAUCCAAAACAAAACGGAGUACCCAAAGAUGAUAAAAUAGCAUAACACCUAAACUUUUCUGGGCUACAAAGUCAUAUCCCUUUCUGUCUCCUUUUUCUAUCUUUUUCUUUUACUCUUAAAUAUUUUCUCUCUCACCAAACGCUGAACUCAACACUCCUUUUCUGACAUACCUUCUACCUAUCUGUAUCUGAACAAACUUUCCCUCUCAAUUUUGUCAUUUUUCUCUCAAAAUUAUCCUCCAAAGUUUUCGAUUCUCUCCCUCUUCAAUUCUAUUCGAUCAUGCUUCAAAGCUUGGUCCCUCUACCUCCUCUCACUUCAAAACCUAAUAACUCAAUGAAGGCCAAACGCGCCGAACGCGAACACGACGACGCUGAUUCCAACGUUCAGGAGCCUUCCUUCAAGAGACCCAACUACUCCUCCGAGAAGACGGUGGCGGAAGGAGAGGGACACGAGGAGGUUCAAGCUUUUGAACCUCAAAUUGAAGGCGAAUCAACUGGUCUCAAACUUCUAGGGCUUUUACUCCAAUGCGCUGAAUGCGUCGCCAUGGAUAACCUCGAUUUCGCCAACGACCUCUUGCCGGAGAUCACUGAACUCUCUUCACCGUUCGGAACUUCGCCAGAGCGCGUCGGCGCGUACUUCGCACAGGCGCUGCAAGCGCGAGUGGUCAGUUCUUGCCUCAGCAGUUACUCGCCGUUAACCGCUAAGUCGGUAACCCUAACUCAGUCGCAGAGAAUCUUCAACGCGUUCCAAUCCUACAACUCUGUUUCACCGUUGGUGAAAUUCUCACACUUCACCGCGAAUCAAGCAAUCUUCCAAGCAGUAGACGGUGAAGAUCGCGUCCACAUCAUCGAUCUCGAUAUCAUGCAGGGACUUCAAUGGCCAGGAUUGUUCCACAUAUUAGCUUCACGAUCCAAGAAGAUCCGCUCCGUGAGAAUCACUGGUUUUGGCUCCUCCUCAGAGCUUCUAGAAUCAACGGGAAGGAGACUCGCCGAUUUCGCGAGUUCGCUCGGGCUUCCGUUCGAGUUUCAUCCCGUGGAGGGUAAAAUCGGAAGUGUAACAGAGCCGAGUCAACUCGGUGUUAGGCCAAACGAAGCGAUCGUGGUUCACUGGAUGCACCAUUGCUUGUACGAUAUAACUGGUAGCGAUUUAGGAACGUUGAGAUUGCUGAGUCAGCUUAGGCCAAAGCUAAUCACCACCGUUGAACAAGAUCUUAGCCACGCUGGUAGCUUCUUAGCGAGGUUUGUGGAGGCUUUGCAUUAUUACAGCGCGUUGUUCGACGCGCUAGGAGAUGGUUUGGGUGCAGACAGUGUUGAGAGGCAUUUGGUGGAGCAGCAGCUGUUGGGCUGUGAGAUAAGGAACAUUAUCGCCGUGGGUGGGCCCAAGAGGACUGGAGAGGUUAAAGUUGAGAGAUGGGGAGAUGAGUUGAAACGGGUCGGGUUUCAACCCGUUUCACUGCGUGGUAACCCGGCUUCACAAGCGAGCUUGUUGUUGGGGAUGUUCCCAUGGAGAGGGUAUACGCUUGUUGAGGAGAAUGGUUCUUUGAAGCUCGGUUGGAAGGAUCUCUCUUUGUUGAUCGCGUCUGCUUGGCAGCCGUCUGAUUUGAUUACUUACACGGAUUGAAUUCAGCUUGAUGAUGUUCAUAGUUUGUGUCUUUUGGCGGGGGAGCAACUAACUCUUGAUUAGCUUCUCUCCUGCCUCUCUGUCGUGAAACUCCAAGAAAGGACACGGUUGGCAGAGAAGAGAAUCUUUUAAGUUAGUGAAUUAAUAUAAGUGAGAAAUCAUUCACAUUACCAAUUGUGGUUCCUUAUGAUUUGUUGAAUUUUUAUAAUAAUGGUUAAUUGAUUGAUUGAAACAAAGUGAAAGAGGAGGAAGCUACUCAUUGUCGGGGUCCCUAACAUGUGGGAAUCCAUGGGGGAGGGAGCGAGGAUGGUUUGUAAUUAAACCCAAAAAAUGCUUAGAUAAAUCAAAAUUAUUUAAUAAUUUUUUAUUAGAGAAAGGGUUGUAUAUACCAUUAAAACACAAUAAUGUGUAUUCUUUUGUUUGUAUUUUUAGUAACGGGUCUUGUUAAUAAGUAGAGCUCUCAAAUGUGUUCGUCUACUUGGAUCUACUCUAACUCUAAUGAUUCAUACACAAACGAGUUAGUUUGAUCUGAUUCACUUUCUUAUAUAGUGGUAUUUUAUUA